AGGAAAAAGACUCGGAGGACGGACCAUGGAAGGAGAAAGCUGGAUGUAGUAGCUAGUUUGCUACUUUGGGAUACUUUUUAAAAACUUGUUUUGUUUUCGCCCGAAUAAAUCGAAGGGACUGAACGCGGCGGUAACCGGAGGGUCUUUAAUACGGAUGGAAACGUAAAUCCGAACAUUCAAACCGUGAACGGCUGUGUGACCGCGGACGGUUAGCACAAUCCGACCAAAGUUAGCCCGCUCCGGCUAACUUAGCCUGCUUCUGCUAGCAAAGGAGGAAACAAACAAACAAACAAAAAAACCCACAACAACAGGCUGGUGGAGAAAAAAAGGACUUAAAAGUGACGCUGAAGUAACCAGUAAUGUUUCCUCCCGGGAUUAACCUGAGAUACGGAUGAGAAAGAAACUGGCGAGAACAACAGCGAGCCCGACGACCGCUGCCAUGGUGGAGUUGAUCCGCGGCUCUGGCAGCCCGACACAGUCCCGAGGCUGGCCCCACUCGGUGCUGUGGAGGCUCGGGGGCUUCUUCUUCCUCCUGCUGCUGGAAGGGGCCGGCUGCCUCGCCAACCCCAGCAGUCCCUCAGGCGUCAAUAACAACAACAACAGCCCCAGUGUCAACAUAUACAUGAGUGUGGAGGAGGUGAAGAAGCUUUUGGGCCUCGAUGCAGAGCUCUACUACGUGCGAGACGACGUGGUGAAUCACUAUGCGUUCUCCUUCAACAUGCCAGUGCCCACAGAGACCAACAGCCUUUACUUCACGUGGCACUCCAAGGCGAAGGUUGACUACCGGCUCGCAUUCAACAUGGAGAACCCUGCUGUCCUGAACCAACCACGGCUCAACAUCUCCAGUCAGGGGGAGUUGCCUCAUGCUCCCUCUGUCUUUAGAGUGGACAUCUUCUGUUCGGGCAAAGUAGAUGAAGAGGCAUUUUUGACAAUGCAGCUCAACCUGACCAUCCAUGCCAACAACUACACAGUGCUCAACUUCAAGAGGAGGAAAAUGUGCUAUAAAAGAAUCGAUUCCGACCCAAAGAUUCCAAUUCCCCUUAACAAUAACACUCUUUCACGGCCUGACUUAGAUGGUGUGACCACCCCCACCACCUCAACCCAGGUGUUUUAUAUAAGCGUCAGUGUCUGCUGCAUUGUCAUCUUUCUCGUGGCCAUCAUCCUGGCCAUCCUGCACCUGCACAGCAUGAAGAGAGUGGAGAUGGAGGACAGUGUGAGUGACAGUGGAAGCUCGCAGGGUUUGUCUCAACCGUCCACUCAGACCACACAGUACCUGAGAGCCGACACUCCAAACAACGCAGCGCCGGUCACCAACAAUCACCCUGGUUCUGCACCCAUUCUCCAGCUUGCUGCCUCCUCCUUCCAAAAUCCCGGUGCUCCCCCCCAUGAAACCAAAAGUUACCCAUCUCUCCGCAUAGAGAAGAAUGACCUGAGGAGUGUUACUCUAAUGGAGGCCAAAGCUAAAGUGAAAGACAUUGCAAUCUCAAGGGAAAGAGUCACGCUACGAGAUGUUUUACAUGAAGGCACAUUUGGCCGCAUCUUCCACGGUGUGUUGCUGGAUGAAAAGGACCCCAGUAAGGAAAAGCAGGUCUUUGUGAAGACAGUGAAAGAUCACGCCUCUGAAGUCCAGGUGACCAUGAUGUUGACUGAAAGUUGCAAACUUCGUGGACUUCAUCAUCGAAAUCUGUUACCCAUAAGCCAUGUGUGCACAGAGGAUGGAGAGAAGCCAAUGGUGCUGUUGCCUUUCAUGGCUUGGGGGAAUCUCAAGCUGUUCCUGCGGCAGUGCAAGCUAGCCGAGGCUAACAACCCACAGGCGAUCUCUCAGCAAGACUUGGUGUACAUGGCCAUCCAGAUUGCAUGUGGAAUGAGCUACCUGGCUCGCAGGGAGGUCAUACACAAAGACCUUGCCGCGAGGAACUGCGUCAUUGACGACAACAUGCAAGUGAAGAUUACAGACAAUGCCCUCGCUCGAGAUCUAUUUCCUAUGGAUUACCACUGUCUGGGGGAUAAUGAGAACCGGCCAGUCCGCUGGAUGGCUUUGGAAAGCUUGCUCAACAACGACUUUUCAAGUGCAAGUGACGUGUGGGCCUUCGGAGUGACGCUGUGGGAACUGAUGACUCUGGGUCAGACCCCCUACGUCGACAUCGACCCUUUCGAGAUGUCGGCUUACCUGAAGGAUGGAUACAGAAUAGCACAACCUAUCAACUGUCCAGAUGAACUGUUUGCAGUGAUGGCUUGUUGCUGGGCUCUGGACCCGGAGGAGAGGCCCAAGUUUCAGCAGCUGGUUCAGUGUCUCACAGAGUUUCACGCAGCGUUGGGUGCUUACGUGUGAAAACAAGCUCUUCUCUUUUUUUUUUUCCAGCGAGACUAAAAGCUGGCGGACACUGUUCGUAAGGAAUACAUGUAUGAAAUUGUGCCUUAUCAGAUGCAAGAGCAGACCUGAUGAUUUUAUUUUGUACAGUUCCUUUGGAGUUUUUAUAUAGUUUUAAUUAUCUUUUUACAGCAUAGCAAAGUAAAAGGAUCCUUUGUUGAAUUUUGUUUCAUUUGCUUUGAAAGCAUCUACAAAGGGCCAUGACAGUACUCUUCCCUCACUGAGAGGACCAGAACAAUGGAAAGACGUCCUCGUCUGUGCAGCACGUCGGCAUUUAAGGACAUUAAUGUGCCAUUGAACAAUUUUUUAUUUUUUUAUUUUUUUUAAGAACAAUGUAAGCUUCUGAAAACGACAGUAUUUUCUACAGUUUUAUAACGUAGUGAAACCGUGUAGAUUUGUUUUUGGAUGAGAGUAACUCUACAGCAGAAUGAUUUAGGUACCAAAGUAGACUAAAGGGCUUCAUUUGUACAGUAUAUGUAACCACCUUCUCACUCUGUCAUGGUGAGCUCUGGCGCGGUACGAGAGGCAGCUUGGAAACCACAUUCUGUAUUUUCUGAGAUGAUUUCUGCCAUCCCUUUAAAUGGUACACUGCUUCCUCUGGAUCACACCAACGCUGCCUUCAAAUGGAACUCGUGAGCUUGCGAUUGUAAUGUAGGAGUUCGCCAAAUUCAUGGUGUUCUCGUGGUAACAUCGACUUGAAAUUGCGAGAACUUGGCAACAGGAGGCUGUUCUCCACUGCAGGAACUUGAAGGCUGUUUUAGGGCAGCCUGAGCCUUUUUGCAUGUUCUGACUACGACAGCAGCAGCUCCUUUAAAACCUCCUCUGCAACACUUUGAGCAGAAAAAAGCACGUACUCCAGGGUAGCUGUGAGGGACUUGACACUGAUGGUUUCACUCUGUCCCCUCUGAUGUUCUUGUGGAGUCGCAAUGCUCUCCUCUCUUACAUCACUAUCUUUAAUGUAAAAUUCUCCAUAUGUGACCCAUCUGCACGAAAUCUGUCACAUUGUGCCUUGGGCUAUAUCCGAAAUACAGCCCGAGUUACGUUACCACAUGAUAAAAUAUUGAUUUUGGGUUUAUUACUUAUUACUAUGGGUCCAUUUAGUUGUUUUCUACUUGUAGCAAACAUAUAAUUUACAAAGCAUAAUAAUAUUAUGCUCCAUAUCGCUGUCAAAUACCGUCAGCGUGCCUGAGCAGUAACACAAGAAAGAAGCCAUGGCAAUCACUUGUGCACAGGCGCCGCGAGCAAUAUGUCAUUGCUAGCCAAUCCUGUCCCGUGAUUUGCGUCAUGUGGUAGCAACACGCUGCUUUUGUAUACGCAUAAUAGCCCAAGGCGCAAUGCGACUGAUUUCGUGCAAUUGGGUCACAUAUAGGCUAUAUAACAAACCUCCAUUGUUCUAUUUCCUACAUGCUUGUAGAACAGUUACAUCCAAAAACCUACGACUCGCUGUUGUUCUGGAGUACCCGGAGUUAACUCAGAGUUGAAGCUGUUAGAUCCAACACCAUAAUGGAAACAAAAAAAGACUAAAAGGGCCAAGUGCCGUAAACAUUCAUGCCACCAAGUUCCUGCAGUGGAAAGUCACUUUCAGUAUCUUGUAGCAAGCUAGCAAGCAGGUGACAUAAUAGCCCAAGGCACAAUGCGACAUGCAAAAAAUAUACUGAAAAGAUGAGGCCAUUGGGAAUAUCAAAAUUUUCCUUCAACAUAAUGACAUUAGAGAGAAAAACUCAGCUAAUGUUAGAAAAUGACAUACCAUCCACUGAAAAACAGAUUUUGUGGAGCUGGUGAGCACCACUGGAGGGUUCAUCAGGACUCUUCUCAUAAACACGACCCCAUUUGAAGGCAGAAUAAUAAGUCCUGCGGAUGAGUUUCCGUGCCAACGCUCAGUGGAGACGUCACAGCUGGUUUAAAGUGUGCAGUGUGGAUGAGACGAGUGGAUGCAACAACAUCAGCACUGCAAGGGCUCCAACCUUUACCAACCCAGUUUUUUAAAAGGCAUCUGGUUAGAAUUUUGGACACUUUUUUUAUUAUUUGAAUGCCACCACCUUCUUCCUCUUUUGUACAUUUAUUUUCCAAUGUCACAACCUCCCCGACUCUUUUCUUUUUAUAAGCUCAGUAGUUGUGUGUUUAUGGCAAACGGUUUUAACAUUUAAUAGCUCGACUGGAUGUGUAUUGCAGUUUACAUUUCAGAUAUCCACAUCAUCAUUUACCUUUCAGGUGUCUCUUUUUAGAGAUAUCUACAAAUCAGCAACUGCUGAAUUAUGACUUGUUUAAUUUCAGGUUCAAAUAUCUACAGUUUAAUUUUGACCAGACAUAAUUCUAGUUCAAGAUCUUCCCAUCAGAUGUCUACGCUGUUCUUUAUAUAUAUCUUGAAUUAGGUUUAAACUGGUCAGAGGGAUACUCUCGAUAUCUGGAAUAACAUGUUGUUUACAUCUGUAGUUUUAAUCCUGGAUAGUCGAACUCAACUAUUAAAUGCUAUUAAACUCAGCUUGUCAUAUGCAUCAGAACUCAGCCCUUCAUAAGACUGUUUGAUUUUUUUUCCUUUUUUUUGGUGAGGACACUUUUAAUCACUGUGAACACGCAAACACACGACUGCCUACCAACUUGGUCUAAUCGUACUCUUACACCUUUGACAUCUUUGUGAUGCGUCUUUAUGGUCACUGCAUGUUGAAAUAAGGUUGUAAACUGUUUCCUGAAUUCGUAUCCACAAAUUAAAUGAGAUCUUUUAAAUAUG